AACUUAACCACUGUGCCACUAGACUGGCCCCUAGUUCUUAAACAUUUUUAUCACCCUAAAAAGAACCCACAUACUCCUUAAGCAGUCACUUGCCAUUCUCCCGUCCUCCAGCCCCGCCAGCAACUGCUAACCUGCUUUGUCUCUAUGGCUAUGCCUUUUUAUAUACAGAUUCUGCACAGAUUUCAGUUCUGAAUUGACAGAGCUUUUUAAAUUAUCUGUUUUGUUUUACUCGUUUUUUGAUUGUCCAUUUCCCAGGCCCUAUGCUACUGUUACUGAUCUAGUAACAGAGUGCAUAUAGAAGGGAAGAAACCACUUUUAUGUUAGGGACCAAUGGAUUUAUGUAUGUCUGCACUUAUUGAAAAGACUCUGGAAAAUGAGAUUUUGUAGAUCACAUCACGUAAAUCACCAGCCUUUGUUUUAUUUCAACUGGAUAAGUGUCAUAGACUGAGAAGAAAACACUUUGGCUGAAUGUUACACUUUCGUUGCUAGGAGACAAGCCAUUUUGUGAUGUCACAACUACUCAGGUUGGGAACCUUGUGAUGUCUGGGUAGUUUAUCUGUAUAGGUCUGCCAAAGCAGCAUUUGAAGCUGCAGUGUUCGAAACCAUGCAAAUGAGAAAAGUAGCUGAAGAAGAAUUUCUUUGAGAUGGCACAUAUUUCUUCAGAAAUUCAAGACGGUUCUCCUAAGGAUGGAUCAACUGGUAAAGACACUUCCAUUAGAUCUCCAUCGUGUGAUCACACCUUCACUGGGGACUCGGAGUUGAGGUCUCUGAUCGAAGAAAAAGCUUUCCAGGCUUUGUCUGAGGGAUCCUUGAUAAAAAGACCACAUCACACAUUUUGUGUCUCCGACCCAGAGGAAGAUAAUGAUUUUCUUUCACUGACCUUUCCCAGAAAACUUUGGAAAAUUACUGAAAGCAAUCACUUUAAGUCUAUUUGGUGGGAUGAGAAUGGAACUUCUAUAGUGAUUAAUGAAGAACUCUUUAAGCAAGAAGUUUUGGAAAAAAAGGCCCCAUUCAGAAUAUUUGGAACCGAUAAUAUGAAAAGUUUUGUUCGACAGCUUAACCUUUACGGAUUUCGCAAAAUGCGACCAAAUUUUCAAAGAUCUGCUUCCCUAGCUGACUUUCUGGCAGAAGAAAAAACAGUCUCUGUUUUAAUAAGCAAGUUGCAGUUCUAUUAUAAUCCAAAUUUUAAACGAGGCUGUCCCCAACUUUUAGCAAGAAUGAAAAGAAGAGUCAAGAUUAAAAAUUCUUUGCCAGUGUCUCAUUCAUCAGUUCAAGAUUUCGACAGGAAGCACUUUAGUGCAGGGAAUAAUGUGGAUAAUCCUACUUCUGGAUUAGUUGCUGAAACUAGUGGAGAAAGCCUAGUUUCAACCUCUACAAAUUUAAAUGUGCCUCUAAUCAGGAGGCCUUCUUCCAGCCAGACAAUUGCUAAUACAACUCCCCCAAUGAGAACUGAUUUUUAUCCACCAUCAGCAACUUCAAUUAGACCAUCAGAACAAAUUUUAUCAGAUCAACAUGCCUUUUUAAAUCAGCUGACCACUUUUCACAUGCACUCACAGAGCAGCUGCACUCAAGCAAAUGGGCACAUUGUGAAUUUUGUUACAACUACAACUUGUACUUCUCGGUACCACAUUAUAUCUCCCUUACAGAACAGUUAUUUUGGACUGAUGGUGGAGCCUUCUACUUUUCCAACUACAUAUCCCUAUUUACCAGCUAAUGAGAGUCUUUUUCCUAGCCUGCAACUAGCAGGCAACCCAUGGUUCCCAAUGCCUGUGAUACCUAAUACUUCUGCUGCAUCUCUUUCAAGGUCAACUCAUCAACCAUCAUCAUUAUACAUACAUCAUCCUCAGUACAACUGAUCUACCAAACGACUACCAGAGUAUGCAGGAUAACAAAGAUACAAAUUUAUGCUGGCAGAUAUCGACAAAAUACCUGCAAUUCUCUUAUUUGAACAAUAAACUUACAAGUUCACGUGUAUGGUUUCAUUUUCUUCAUUUUUUGAAAUAGUUAAGAGUAAAAUGGUAGUUUAUUUUAAUGGCAGGCUAUUAUACUACUUUUUUUAAAUGUAUGCACAUUUUAACAUUAAACAGGAAAUUUGACAUGCCUCCAAGUAAAUUCUACGUAAUUAACUGUUUAAAAAGGAAGAAAUAAUGAGAGCAUAGGAAAAAGAAGAAACUGGAGUUAAGUGAUUUCUGAAAUAGUCCAAGAUGAAUUGAGUGAGGGCCUAAACUGCGAUGGCAUGGAAGAAGAGACAGAUGCAAAUCAAAUCUAGAAAAGGCAAACACACAGCAUUUAGCUUAUUAUUUUCUCUAUUAGUGUAUUAUAUUCUCCCAGUUAUUUAAGAGGAUAUUUGGAUUUUAGUUGGCAAGGUUGUCUUCAUUGAAAAAUACAUUUCAUAAUUAAAAGUAUAGCAUAUUCAAACCAGCCUAUUAACUAUGAUCACCAUUAUGUUGUUGCUGGAAUAAUAAAGUCACAUGAUGCAGUGAUAGACUGAAUCACUGUCAGCAUAUGAUGGGAUUGGAAAAACCAAACUAUUUUUUUUUUUUUUUAAAGAUUUUAUUUU